AUGGGUAUUUGCCAGUCUUAAAAAAAUGCAUCAAAUCUGAAACGAAGUGGAGCCUAGUAGUUUAUCUUCAUUGACUUUGACAAAUUAAAGAAAUAUAAUGAAGAACGAUAGAAACUUGACAAAAACAAUUGUCAAUAACAAUCCUUUUGUUAGAUUCUAUGUUAGGAUUUUAAUAAUAAAAUCUCGAGUCCUCAAACCUAAACUUACAAUAAUGUUUAGACCUAAUAAAUUGAAAUUAAAAAAGAGUGA